AUGGUGGCUGGAGAUUUCAAUGCUCUUCUUGAUAUUGAUGACAAGGAGGGUGGCCUUAGGAAACCAACAAAAGUGAUGGAGGACUUCCGCGACUUUGUUGCCAAUUGCAGGCUGUUUGACAUCAUUCUGAAAAAUAGGAAUUUCACAUGGACAAAUAGAAGAUUGAAUUUUUCCAAGAUCUCAGAAAGACUUGAUUGGUUAUUUGUUGGGGAAGGAUGGCUGAAGGGUGAUCAAUCUCUAGAGUCUUCUAUCACUCCCCAGAAAAAAAUCCAAAUUGAGGAAGAGCUUGAUGCGUUAGGCGAUCUGGUUAUGAAUCAUAGUAUGACAAACACUGAAUUUGAACUUGAAAAAAGUCUUAAAGAUCAAUAUGCUGAAAUAUUAAAGAGGGAAGAGACCUACUGGAAGGAAAAAUCAAGAGAACUAUGGAUUACUGAUGGGGAUCUUAAUACAAAAUUCUUGCAUGCAUUCUCGAAAGCUAGGCGAAUCUAUAAUAGAAUUGACUCCAUCAAGGAUGAGUCUGGGUCCAUGAAGAGAUCGACAAAAGAUAUUGAAAUAGCUGCCCUGGAUUACUUUAUUGGUAUUCUUGGUAAAGCCGAGGUGAUUUGUGACAACUCUGGUCCCUAG